AUGCUAACAAAUGUUGGUCAGCGAUACAGGGCUUGGCUCGGGCACGACAAGACAGGUCAGGUGUCCAGAGCCGGACUGAUGCGAGAGAAGAGCAGUGUGGAGGAUGCCCACCAAUGGCUGCGGCUUACCACCACUUGGCUUCUUGAGGGGGGAGGCAAGUGUGUUCAGAUCACAACACGGUUCGGGCUUGCGGCUGACUGGGGCAUGGAGAAGUUGGUGAACCAUAAAUUUGGCACGGCUUCCCAGGGGCUGGCUCAUUAUGACUACAUACAUGGAUGCCACUACUAA